AGAAAUCGAAAUUUGUGCCAUCACCAAUGGAAAUGCAAAAUUUGAUAAAACCAAAAACGAAACAAAUCAUCAAACAAAACUGUGAUGAUAUAACCAUAGCUUCAAUUCCUGAAUACUUCGAUCCACCAAUUCAAAGACCCCAACGAGCCGAAAUUGCUUAUUACAGGUGUCAAAUUGAUCAAGUUCCCGCCUAUUAA